GAGAGGAAGAAAACAGGAUGCAAAUUACUUUUGCAGGCAACUGCCAAAGAUGUUGACGAUGCUGUGUAUGCAGCAAAAGAAGCAUUUGAGAACGGCGAAUGGGGACGAAUGUCAGCACGUGAACGAGAGAAGCUUCUUUUUAAAUUAGCUGAUCUGAUGGAACAGCACAAAGAAGAGUUGGCAACACUGGAAUCAAUUGACAGCGGAGCAGUGUACACACUGGCAUUAAAAACACAUAUCGGUAUGAGUAUCGAUGUUUGGCGCUACUUCGCUGGAUGGGCUGAUAAAAUUGAGGCCAGGAAGCACAAUACCGAUUUCAAAUGCGCGACCUAA